AUGGAUGAAAUUAGCAAUAUUAAUGAAGAAAGAGAUCGUGUGCAAAAGAAAUUGAUCGAUGACAAUCCUUCAAAUCAAUUUCAUCGAGGUCAUGUUGAAUACAAACUACCAGUGUUGAUCAUCACAAAGAUACUUGAAUAUAGUUGGAGGAUAUCAACCUCUAAUCACAUCAAUACUGCAUUAGCAUACGAAGAAGCAUUACAACUGACAUUAAUCAACAAACAAUUCUUUGGUAUCGUCAGGAAGAUGUUCAACAAUGUCGCACUCCUAGUAAAAUCUUCAAGAAUGGCUGUUCUUCACAAUAGACUUAACAGUGUAUGGUGUCCAAUUAAACAUAUUGUUAAACUUCAUGUUGGAGCUCCUAUUCUUGAAAAGCUAACCAACCAACAACAAUCUGUUCAUCUCACUCAUAUGUUAUCAACUGUUGAAAAACUAUAUAUUCAUUAUGAAACUCAUGUCGGAUCUUUAACAGUGACCAGUCUCAAAAACUUUGGAACGAUUGCCACCAGACUUCGCUCGAUUACGCUUUUUUCAGUAACAAUAGAACCUGCACACCUCGAUGCAAUCUGUUUAAUGAAAUCACUUAGAAAUAUAAACAUUUCCAUACCUUUUCUUCCAACAGCUGAUUUUCUCACAACCUUGUGUAACAAUUUACCAUUGCUGGAAUCAAUCAAGUUGAUAAAUUUUGAUGUCGCUAGCAUUCCAAAGUCGUGUCGCUCGACAAUAAGAAAGCUUUCAGUUUAG